GCCAACAGGAGGAGGUGCCGUUGUAAAGGCAAUAGGUCUGAGUGACACCAUCCAUCACACCACAGCUGACCCUCCUGCUGGCCGCCCCGCCCCCUGCGCCGCGCCACCCCCCCUGCUGUCCCUGUCCCUGGCCACACGGACUGAGGCAGAGAGAAACGGGAGACCAUGGAGAAAGACAAGGAAGAGGCGAUGAAGGAGGAAGCAGCGGCAGGAGAAGAGGAGGAUGACUCGGAGGAGGAGGAGGAGGAGGAGGAGGAGCCGAAACUGAAGUAUGAGAGAGUGUGUGGAGGACUGAGGGAGAUUUUAAAGAGAGACGCGGCGACUUGCAUCACUGCCAACUCGAAGCUCCUAAUCAUCGGCACCAGCUGGGGGCGGGUGCAUGUGCUAGACCAUCAGGGUGACAGAGUGCGUGAGUUUGCACCCCACUCGGCCCCUGUCACGCACCUCACCCUGGACGCCAACGGGGACUACGUCGCCUCCUGCUGUAAGGACCGAAGGGUGGUUGUGCAGGGCCUCUACGCAAACGAUAAUAGUCACACCCUCGUCGUCGAUGCGCCCGUCCGCUGCGUUGCCCUCGACCCCUUCUACUAUAGGGCCAGGAGUGGGCGCCGCUUUGUUGUGGGUACAAACAAACUCACACUCUACGAAAAAGUUCUCUUUGGCCAACUGCGUCCCUCCAUCCUUGCCGAGGGGGGCGGGGGAGGGCCGGUGAGGGCCAUGAGGUGGGCGGGGCAGUUCCUAGCGUGGGCCAUGGACUCUGGCGUAAGGGUGACGGACAUGGCUACAAAGAACAUCAUUACGCUCAUCAAGAGAGAUCACAGCUUGGCGCUCCCCGGGGACCAGUACCCACCUCACUUAUGCUGGGCGGAUGAACAGACGCUGCUGGUCGGAUGGGCGGAUACUGUGAAGGUGUGCAGGGUGCGGAUAAGGGCAGCUCCACCUCAUCCACCUCAGCUCGCUCCAGCUCAGAUUGCGCUCCCCAUGCAUUACUUGGAGAUCGUGUACAUGUUCACAACGGACUUUUACGUAUGUGGUCUUGGCCCACUUGACGACCACGUUGCCGUACUAGCCUAUAACAAGCAGACCGACAGGCAGCAGGGCGGGACGGAAGGUGGAGGAGGGGCGGAGGGCCAGAGCGGAAUGGGCGUGGAGUCCCGGCGUCCGCAGAUGAGGGUGCUGGAGCCUCUGCAGGGGACUUACGAGGAGAUAUCGAAGGACGUUCUCGGCAUACGGAAUUUUGAGGAGCAUUUCCCUGUUAAUUACCAUCUGGAGUGCUUGGUGGAGGAGCGGCAGUUCUUCAUCGUGUGUCCGCGCGAUGUGGUUGUGGCGAAACCGCGCUCCGCUGAUGAUCGCAUGGAGUGGCUGCUGCAACAUGAGAGGUUCGCGGAGGCUCUGGAGCUUGUGAGGUCAUCGCGAGAGGUGCGUCAACAUACCGUCCUCAGCGUGGGCCGGGAAUUCAUUGACCACCUCAUGCGUGUACGUCAAUACCAGGAGGCUGCCAAGAUGUGCACACAGAUCCUAGGGCAGGACAAGGCACUGUGGGAGCAGGCUGUGGUGUGGUUCAACAAAGUGCGGCAGCUGCGAAUCUUGAGUCCGCAUCUGCCGCAGGGGGAGGAUGGACUGUGUCUCGACCCUGCCGUGUACCAGACUGUCCUGCUCGACCUGCUCAUGACGGACCACCAGGGGUUCCUCCAAGUGGUGCAGCAGUGGCCGGGGAACCUCUACAAUGUCUCCUUCGUCAUCAACGCCGUGCUGGAGUCGCUGGCUCGGAACACCAACAACCUCACCCUGCUCCGAGCCUUGGCGCACCUCUACUCCAACAUUGAGAAGCACGACAAGGCUCUGGCCAUCUACCUGAAGCUGAAGCACAAAGGGGUAUUUGCACUCAUUGACCGACACAGUCUCUACGGAUGCGUCACCAAGCACGUCACUGACCUCAUGGCACUCGACCUCUCCGCGACCCUCGACCUCUGCAUCAAACACGUGUCGGCCAUCCCCCAUGAGUCUGUGGUCAACGCCCUCAUGCCGAACCACCCUGAGUUCUUGUAUAGGUUCCUCGACGCACUCUACGAGCACCGCCGUAACCUCAGUCGCCCGUACCACACUAAGCUGGUCACGCUCUACGCCGACUGGGACCGUAAGAAACUCCUACCCCUCCUGCAGCACUCUUCCUCAUACGACCUGGAGGCGGCGCUGAAGGUGUGUCAGGAGCGGUGUCUUACGGAGGAGAUGAUCUACUUGCUGGAUCGCACCGGGAAUGGCCAGGAAGCACUGCGGCUCAUUCUGGAGGAGCAGCAGGACCUCCCAUGGGCCAUACGCCUCUGCAAGGAGCAUGAUGACAUUGACCUGUGGGGACAACUCAUUAAUUACGCCCUUGAUAAACCAGAGUGCGUUAGGGAGCUUCUCAAUAACAUCGGCACCCACAUUGACCCUCUGCUGAUCAUCCAACGCAUACCAGACCAUAUGGAGAUACCUGGGCUGAGGGAUGCGCUCGUCAAGAUACUCCAGGACUACCAUUUGCAGAUUGAGCUUCUAACAGGGUGUCAGCGCAUCCUGGUCUCAGACGGGAGCAACCUACUGAAGAAGCAAGUGGCCACACAGAACGCCGGACUACCUGUGUAUGGUGAUGCGGAGUGUGCUGCAUGCAACAAGAAGGUGCUAAACCACAGGCGAGCCGGUGAGCAGGGCAGCAUCGUUGUCUUUGCCUGCCGUCACAUCUACCAUCAUCUGUGCUUACCUGAGGAUGCUGGCCAGGAGCAGGAGGUGUGCCAGGUCUGCAGAAACGACUUGAAGAAGAAUUUCCUCACCAUAUAGAGAGGGACACCACAUUCCUGGGCUUAUACAUUAUUAUCAUAAUCUAUCCUUAUAAUUUAUUCAUUAGUGUUAUUUUUUGUCAUCUUUGUGGUCAACAACUAUUCACUCCUCCUACACCACACCUGACUGAGAGUAUCAAAUUAUACCUGUAAAAAUUGUGUGUGUAC